UAGCAAUAAUAAAGACGAGACUCAUCCAGAUUGGUUACCCAGUAUUGAUGUUGGUGGACAAACUUCAACCAAAACAAGUAGUAGAUACAUACGGAGGCAAAAAAAAAGAUUUCUUGAAAACUUGUAUUGGUGACAAAAUGACACCGGACUUAAUACAGGAACCAGACACAUCAACAAACAUUAAAGAAGAAUCGGUUGCUGAAGUUUUCAAUGUUGAGCCAGUUAAUUACACUACACUGAAUGACAUGGAACAAACUUUCAUUCCUGAAAUGAAAAAUGAUCCAUUCCAAAAAGAAAUAACAUCGCUUCAACACCAACUACAACAAAUGACAUUGGAAAGGGAUGCAGCCCUUAGAAAGGUAGAGAUGUUAAGUGCUUCAAUAGAAGAAUUAUUGGUAAAGAGACAACAAGCUGAAUUGACUGCAUUUGAUGCAUUAGAAAAACUGAAACUUAGUAAAUCUAUGUUACAUCAACUAAAGCAGGAUAAGGAAAUGAUUUUAUAUUACACAGGGUUAAGUAGUUUCGAUCUACUUUCUGAUAUUUUUUAUGCUUUACAUCCUGCUUUACAUCAUGAUCCCAGAUUAAAAAAUUUCACUUAAAGAACAAUUCAUUUUAACUCUUAUGAAGCUUAGAUUAAAUUUGGGAAACAAAGACUUUGCUUACAGAUUUGACAUUCAUCGUACAACAG